AUGGAAAAAGAGUCGAGGAACAUCAGCCCCUCAAACGGCCAUGAAGACAUCUGCUUUCAGCGUCAUAUGGUGGCGGAUACUAUAGCCGCAAUAACAUCAGCCGCUAUUAUUGCCCCCAUCAUUACAGCUACAGACAGGUCUGUGGUUGAGAGUGUGUCAACAUCAAGCCCGUUGCUUAAAACGCUGGCAAAGCAUCUCCUCUGCCCGUUCAUCAAUCCACGCCGCUUCUUCGCGACUAAGCCCGUCUUUGUAGUGUGGACUCUGUACGCAGCAACUUAUUUCACGGCCAACGUGACAGAGACGGUGUCUGAAAAGUAUUUCGCAAUCGAGAAGGCGCUGACCGGGACUAUCGUCUCCUCGGCCGUGUUCAUAGUCAACACACCCCUCGGCGUCUGGAAGGACGUCCGCUUCUCGCAGUUCUUUAGCACGCUCCAGGAGCCCGCGGCGCAGACAACGACGACCAAAACAUCACGCGUCGCAGCAUCAGCGCAAACAGGAGCCGGGAGCCCCAAAGCUGCCUCGCCCCAGAUCGGUGGAGCUCGGAAGGUGCCCCUCUCGGCGACGGGGGCUUUCCUCCUGCGCGAUAUUAUUACUGUCUUUGGCUCCUUUGCCCUCGCGCCCCAGGUGUCGGCUAUCAUCCCCGACGCCCUGGCCCGCACCGAGAAAGCCAAGGCGUCGGCCGCCCAGUUGAUCGUCCCUGCCCUGACGCAGGUCGUGGCCACACCUGUGCACCUCCUCGCCUUGGACAUAUACAACCGGCCGGGGCGCCUCGGGUUCGCGGGUCGAGCCGCGAAGACGCGGGAGAAAUUGGCUUCGACCACGGUCAUGCGUGCUUUCCGACUGGUCCCGGCAUUUGGAUUCGGAGUCAUCUUCAACAAUCAUUUGCGUUCCUCUCUGAAAGCCGGCGGUGCUUGGGAUGAGCAAGCACCAUGA